GGAAGCCGCCGGGGUGCGCUCGGGUCCUGACCGCGGGCGGGCGGCGCGGGCGCCCUCGCCCCCUCCCAGGCCCGCCGGGACACCAGAGGUCUGAGAGUUAUCCCGGAUUCCUGCCCUUCCCUAAGGAGCUCCUAGCUGCCGCCCUGAAGAGCAGGCGUCGAGGAUUAUUAUGUCGAGUUUCCAAGGAAAGGGGAUCUCUGCGCUGAACUGGAGAAAAGGCAGGCUUCUAAGGGACCCCGCCAGCAUUUGAUAUCUAGGAUUGCCCACAACGUUCCUAUGCUUACACCUACAUUUUCACGAAAGUAUUUUGUUUGCUGCGUUGUCCCGUGCAAAUCACCAAUACAAGUUUCCCUGGAGCAAACUUCAGCCUCUUCACUCAACGUAUGCGUUUUGUUUCUACCAAGUAUGAUUUCUAAUUGAAAGUUAACUUUUGGUUUUGGAUGAAUCUGUGGAGCUUGUGUAGUAAGAAGAAAGGGAGACUGAGACACAAUGAAAGAAAAAUCCAAAAAUGCUGCCCGGACUAGGAGGGAGAAGGAAAAUAGUGAAUUUUAUGAACUGGCUAAGUUACUGCCUUUGCCUUCAGCCAUCACCUCGCAGCUGGACAAAGCAUCCAUAAUCAGACUCACAACCAGCUAUCUCAAAAUGCGAGUGGUGUUCCCAGAAGGGCUUGGCGAGGCAUGGGGCCACUCGAGUCGGACCAGCCCUCUGGACAACGUUGGCAGAGAACUUGGCUCUCAUCUACUGCAGACCCUGGAUGGCUUCAUCUUCGUGGUGGCCCCAGAUGGGAAGAUCAUGUACAUUUCAGAGACAGCAUCAGUUCACCUGGGUCUUUCUCAGGUAGAGCUGACUGGGAACAGCAUCUAUGAGUACAUCCACCCUGCUGACCAUGAUGAGAUGACUGCAGUGCUCACGGCCCAUCAGCCCUACCACUCCCACUUUGUGCAGGAGUAUGAAAUUGAGCGUUCCUUCUUCCUGCGAAUGAAGUGUGUCUUGGCCAAGCGGAAUGCUGGCCUCACCUGUGGCGGCUACAAGGUCAUUCACUGCAGUGGCUACCUGAAGAUCCGCCAGUACAGCCUGGACAUGUCCCCCUUUGAUGGUUGCUAUCAGAAUGUAGGCUUGGUGGCAGUGGGCCACUCAUUGCCUCCUAGUGCUGUCACAGAGAUCAAACUACACAGCAACAUGUUCAUGUUCCGGGCCAGCUUGGACAUGAAACUCAUCUUCCUGGACUCCAGGGUGGCAGAGCUUACCGGGUAUGAGCCUCAGGACCUGAUUGAGAAGACCCUCUACCAUCAUGUGCAUGGCUGUGACACCUUCCACCUGCGCUGUGCACACCACCUGUUGCUGGUGAAGGGUCAGGUGACUACCAAGUACUACCGUUUCCUGGCGAAGCACGGCGGCUGGGUUUGGGUGCAGAGUUAUGCGACCAUCGUGCACAAUAGCCGCUCCUCCAGGCCACACUGCAUUGUCAGCGUCAACUAUGUCCUCACAGACACAGAAUACAAAGGGCUACAGCUCUCCCUGGAUCAGAUCUCAGCUUCUAAACCCACCUUCUCCUAUGCCAGCAGCUCCACGCCCACCAUAACUGACAACCGGAAGGGGGUGAAGGCCCGGCUCUCUAGCUCAAAGUCAAAAUCCAGGACAUCCCCAUACCCUCAGUACUCAGGCUUCCACACAGAAAGAUCGGAGUCGGAUCACGACAGCCAGUGGGGAGGAAGUCCCCUGACAGACACCGCCUCCCCGCAGCUUCUGGACCCAGAGCGGCCAGGCUCCCAGCACGAUGCGUCCUGCGCCUACCGGCAGUUCUCCGACCGCAGCGCACUCUGCUACGGCUUUGCGCUGGACCAUUCCAGGCUGGUGGAGGAGAGGCACUUCCACACCCAGGCCUGCGAGGGAGGCCGCUGCGAGGCAGGCAGGUACUUCCUGGGAGCUCCGCAAGCGGGGAGGGAGCCCUGGUGGGGCUCUCGAGCAGCCUUGCCCCUGACCAAGGCUUCCCCCGAAAGCAGAGAAGCUUAUGAAAGCAGCCUGCCACACAUCGCCUCGGUGCACCGGAUCCAAGGGCGAGGUCAUUGGGAUGAAGAUAGUGUGGUCAGCUCUCCAGACCCCGGGUCAGCUAGUGAAUCAGGUGACCGAUAUCGCACUGAACAGUAUCAAAGUAGCCCACAUGAACCUAGCAAAAUUGAAACUCUGAUAAGAGCCACCCAGCAAAUGAUUAAAGAAGAAGAGAACAGAUUACAGCUAAGGAAAGGCCCUCCAGAGCAACUGGCUUCCAUUAAUGGAGCAGGAAAAAAACACUCCCUCUGUUUUGCAAACUACCAACAGCCCCCUCCACCAGGUGAAGUGUGUCACAGCUCUGCUCUUACCAGCACUUCACCAUGUGACCACAUCCAGCAGAGAGAGGGAAAGAUGCUGAGCCCCCAUGAAAAUGACUAUGACAACAGUCCCACUGCACUUUCUCGGAUAAGUAGUCCCAAUUCCGACCGCAUAUCAAAAUCCAGUUUGAUCUUAGCUAAAGACUACAUACAUUCAGAUAUGUCUCCUCAUCAGACAGCAGACCAUCCUGCUAUCUCUCCAAACUGUUUUGGCUCUCACCGGCAGUAUUUUGAUAAGCAUGCUUACACAUUAACUGGAUAUGCCCUGGAGCACUUAUAUGACAGUGAAACCAUUAGAAACUAUUCCUUGGGCUGUAAUGGCUCACACUUUGAUGUAACUUCCCAUCUAAGGAUGCAGCCAGACCCAGCACAAGGACACAAGGGAACAUCUGUUAUAAUAACCAAUGGAAGCUGAUGUUUUUUUAAAAAGUAUUUUGUUCUUCAAGGGUGUCUGAAACAUAUUUAUAGUUUAAUGCCCCAUUAUCAGCAUUUGCUAUGCUGCAGAUUGUUAGAGAGGAUAAUUUGAGUUAUUGGUAAUUUGACAUGAGUUCUUGUGACAUCAAAGAAACAAACAUGGCACUAGCAUUCAGGGUUGUACACAGAUAAUGGAGCUUAAGUGAACAUAGAAAUUGCCCCACUAGUUAUACAGGAGCCAGGAUAUAUACCUUUGAGUUGAAAAAUACUCAUGUAAAUUAAGAAAACAUCACACCACAUGGAAGGGUUGAUGAAGACAUUGUGCUGUGACAAUCCAGUAAAACUCUCACACACAGACCACUCACCAUUCAUAAACUGCUUUGUACACUUGACUUGCAGAAAUUGGGAGAACAUACCAUAAAUGCACAGAAAUGAGUAUCUUUCCUUAACUCUACCACAUUAACCUCUUGAAGAAAUGUCAAUUUCCAGAGACCAGAGAGAUAUAUCUUAUAAAUUGGUUUCUUCUUUGUGACUUCACACUAGUCAGCUUAUUUGGCUCAAGCAUAAAUUAGAGAAAUGGUUCUGGCUAUGAUACAAGAAUGUGCUUUCACCUGGUAUCCAUUACAAGCAAUCAGGAAGUGGUGAUUUUCCACCUUAGUUUUGAGCUAGACAAGGACCAGGAUUGCAUUACAGUAGCAGUAAGCGUUUUCUUAAAGCAUUGCAGUGUCACAAGACACCUCAGAAGUGUGAUGGAUUCAGACUGAAAUAGUUUAGUGAAGAAUGAAAAAAGUAGAAUAUCUUUCAAAACAAUUUAAGGCUCAGAAUAGGCAAAUGACGCAUUUAGGGCUUGCUUAUGAAACCCACUAAAUAAGAAAUUCAAGCUAAUUCACCAAGAAAAAAAAAACAUGCUGAUAUGUGCAAAAAUAACUGAA